GGGCGAGCAUCUCCUCAACCCGCAUCCCAUGGGAUGUGCGGGGCCCCCCGGCCCUCCCUGCUACCCCGGGCGCAUCUCCCCACCGCCUCCAGCCUGGCAUGGAGAGCCUGAGCAGCAGCCUGAAGAAGAAAGCCACGGAGCAGCACUACAGGGCAGAGGUGAUGAUUGCUGGAGAGCAACUGAGGCUUCGCCUCCACGAUGGGAAGCUCAUUAAGGACAGACGUUACCACCUCCGAACAUACCCAAACUGCUUCGUAGCGAAGGAGCUCACAGACUGGCUGAUCGACCACAAAGAAGCACCGGACCGCGAGACGGGCAUCCGCCUCAUGCAGAAGCUCAUGGACCAUUACAUCAUCCAUCACGUCUGCGACGAGCACUCGGACUACAAGGACGCCAAGCUGCUGUACCGCUUCCGCAAGGACGAUGGGACCUUCCCUCUCAGUAAGGACGUGAAGGUGUUCAUGAGAGGGCAGAGCCUUUAUGAGAAGCUGGUGAGCGUGGAUGAGUCAAUUCUGAAGGUGAGAGAGGAGAACUCGGUGAAGUACCAGAGGACUUUCCUGGGCUGCGAGAUGAUCGACUGGCUCGUUCAGGAGGGAGAAGCAGAGAACCGAAAGGAAGCGGUGGAGCUGGGACGGGCGCUGCUGGAGCAUGGGAUCAUUCAGCAUGUCUCCAAUAGGCAUCACUUCUUUGACAGUGACAUCCUCUACCAAUUCUGGAUCAAUUUUCGAAGGAGGCGCCGUCUCACAGAGUUACUCAACGAGAACUCUUCUCGCUCCCUCUCUGAGAGCCCAGACAGCCCCUUCUGUCUUCGCAAGCUCAACCCGGACCCCGGCAACACCAGCUUUCUCUCUGUCCAGACCAACAAGGAGAUCAAAAUUGUCUCGGCGGUUCGAAGGAGCAGCAUCACUUCCCUCGCUGGAAACUCCAACCCCUACUUCAGCACUACUCCUACGCUGGUAUUCCCUCCUGUGGCUGAGUGCAACCCCAAAUCAGUGUUAAAAAGACCCGUCACCAAUGAAGAGCUCCUGUCCCCUGGGGCCCCAUACAUCAAGAAAACGCUAACUAUUGUGGGGGAUGCGGUGGGCUGGGGGUUUGUGGUCCGAGGAGGAAGACCUUGCCACAUCCAGGCAGUGGACCCAGGAGGACCCGCUGCUGCUGCAGGGAUGAAGGUGUGCCAGUUUGUCUUCUCAGUGAAUGGUAUGUACGUUUUGCAUCUGGACUAUCAGACCAUCAGCAGCCUCAUCAUGACAGGACCACGAACUCUCAUGAUGGAAGUCAUGGAAGCCAUUGAAUGAGCGAAGGAGUCUCAUCCCACGCUGUUUGGAAAGGCAGGACGCUCCGCUAAGCAAGGAUGGUCUGUGGGGAGGGACCAAGCCUGACCAUUCACUGUGAAAUGUUAGCCAGGCAUCUUAAUAUAUUUUCAAAUAAAUACAUU